AAGAAGCAAAGACACUUAAAACAGUGAGAGAAAAAGAACUUGAUAUGGUGAACCUUGUGGCUGCACUGAGGCCCACGUUGCAUGGGCUAAUGAAGGUGGCAGGUGUGCAACCCUACAUAGUGGAGAUCGAACCAGGCACGGUCAUGAACUUCUGGGUCCCCCUAGAGACCCUGAAGAAGAAACCCACUAAAAAGGGUUACAAGCCCGUGGUGGUCCUAGUCCACGGCUUCUUCUCUGACGGCAUAAUGACUUGGCUAUUCCAGGUUGUUGCUCUAACCAAAAAAUACUCAGUUUAUAUACCGGACCUCCUCUUCUUCGGUGGCUCUAUCACCGACAAAACCGACAGGUCACCGAGUUUCCAAGCCGAGUGUUUGGUUGCGGGGUUAAGGAAGCUUGGGGUGGAGAGGUGCACUGUGGUUGGGUUUAGCUAUGGUGGGCCGGUAGCGUUUAAAAUGGCUGAGCUGCAUGCAGACUUGGUUGAGGCCGUGGUGGUGUCUGGUUCAGUCAUAGAGAUGACUGACUCCAUCAGUGAUACAAUGCUGCAAAACCUUGGCUACUCUUCGUUUUCGGAGAUGUUGUUGCCUACUUCCGUUAAGGGUUUGAAAGCUCUUCUCUCUGUUGGUGCUCAGAAAAAGUUGUGGUUCCCAAAUCGCCUUCACAAAGACUUCCUUGAGGUGAUGUUCACCAACAGGAAGGAGAGAGGUGAACUCCUAGAAGGCUUAGUCAUUAGCAACAAGGAUACCAAGGUUCCCAAUUUUCCACAGAAGAUACAUCUCUUAUGGGGUGAGAAUGAUCAGAUUUUCAACCUGAAGCUUGCCCAAAACAUGAAAAGGCAACUUCGAGAAAAUGCAUCAUUUCAAGGCAUAUUGAAGGCCGGUCACUUGGUUCACCUCGAACGACCUUGCGUUUACAAUAGGUGUCUGAAGCAAUUCCUUGCCUCCUUGCACGCAAAUAAAGCCCAAAAAUGAUAAUACCAAUAGUAAGUACACAUUAUCUGUACUCUGUGCCAAGCUCAGUGUUAAAGUUCAACGAAGAAUAAUAUAGUUUUAAUUGUUUAACAUUUCAAUAGGUGAAGCUAAGAUUGUUUCAAGAUUUGAAUAAAUUUUGCUUUCAUUUACUUUUUUAUUA